GACAGAAGACACCGAGUCUGAGCCAACCGAGACAGAAGAGGCCGAGUCAGAAACAACAGAGGCAGAAGACAACUUGCGGCGAGAGCUGCUGUUGGAUGCAGAGGCCGAGUCAGAGCCAACCGAGACAGAAGACACCGAGUCAGAGCCAACCGAGACAGAAGAGGCCGAGUCAGAAACAACAGAGGCAGAAGACAACUUGCGGCGAGAGCUGCUGUUGGAUGCAGAGGCCGAUUCAGAGCCAACCGAGACAGAAGACACCGAGUCAGAGCCAACCGAGACCGAAGGGGCCGAGUCAGAAGCAACAGAGGCAGAAGACAACUUGCGGCGAGAGCUGCUGUUGGAUGCAGAGGCCGAUUCAGAGCCAACCGAGACAGAAGACACCGAGUCAGAGCCAACCGAGACAGCAGAGGCCGAGUCAGAAACAACAGAGGCAGAAGACAACUUGCGGCGAGAGCUGCUGUUGGAUGCAGAGGCCGAUUCAGAUCCAACAGAGACAGAGGAACCAACAGAGACAGACGAUAGGUUUCGGAUACCACGUAGGCUAGCAGCAUCGGCACCAGAAAGGAAGUAG